UAUGGUUCCCGGGACUUCUCACUUCCCUUCUCUUUUCUUCUGCGCUUCUGUGAACGAUCGUCUCUGUAUAGUCACUUGGCGUAAACUGGAAAAUGGCGAGUGCCCUAUCUCAUCCUCUUCUCUGUAUAUACUCGCCGCAUCAGAAUCGAUCAUGCUUCUGCUGCUCCACCACUCGGCCAUAUAAAUCUCCAAUUCUCAAGAGAACUGCCAAUUCUGCCAGUCGCCUUCGAGCUAUUCCUGGAUCUUCACCUCCCAAAGAUCAUGUCAGUCCCUUGGAAGAUCCCGCAAAAGAAUCAAAAGUUCCGAUUAAGCGUGAUGGAAUCGAUGUUUCCAUGGAAAAUCCGAAGAUGAAUCCUUCCCCUAGUUCUUCCUUCCUCAAUUCUGAUUCUCGUCUUCUCCGCGGCUUAAGAAUGUGUGGGGAGUUAUUUAAGAUUGAUAACCUUGGAUUGGAGAUUCUGUCAAUUGCAGUGCCUGCUGCAUUAUCUCUGGCUGCCGAUCCAAUUGCUUCACUGGUCGACACCGCAUUUGUUGGUCACAUCGGAUCGGUUGAAUUAGCAGCAGUUGGAGUGUCGAUUUCGGUGUUUAAUCUGGUGUCGAAGUUGUUUAAUAUCCCCUUGCUUAACAUCACAACAUCUUUUGUUGCUGAAGAGCAGGCCUUGGUUAUGGAGAGAAUUGAUGCUAGUUCCACAAGUGGUGCAAGUAAUGGAGGUUUUUCUUCUGGUUCUGAGCCUCUAGAUGCCUCAGAUUAUAAGCAAAAGAAGAGAUUUCUUCCUGCAGUAUCAACUUCUUUAGCUCUGGCAGCUGGUAUUGGCAUUGCAGAAGCCACUGCACUCUCCUUUGGUUCGGGGUUCUUAAUGAAUAUCAUGGGUAUACCUGUUGAUUCACCUAUGCGUUUACCAGCUGAACAUUUUCUUACUUUGAGGGCCUUAGGUGCACCACCAGUGGUAGUUGCACUAGCUGCUCAGGGAACCUUUCGUGGAUUUAUGGAUACAAAGACACCUCUUUUUGCCAUAGGUGCUGGGAACUUCCUGAAUGCAAUAUUGGAUUUUAUUCUGAUCUUUCUCUUUGGUAUUGGGAUUGGUGGUGCUGCAAUUGCUACUGUGAUUUCUGAGUACGUCAAGAAUGUGAUAUUUGAUUGCUUUUAUCCUUCUUUGGGAGUUAAACACAAAAGUAGUCCUCUUGCCACCGGAUUUUCAAGGGAGGAGACUUGCCAGAUAUCUAACAUCUGUUGUCAUUUUGCAGGUGGUCUUCUAAUUGGCAGAACCAUAGCGGUGCUUGGAACCAUGACAUUAUCAACAUCCAUGGCUGCACAGGAGGGUCCAAUUCCUAUGGCUGGUCAUCAAAUCUGCCUGCAAGUUUGGCUGGCAAUAUCUCUGCUUAAUGAUGCCUUAGCACUUGCCGGCCAGGCUCUUCUUGCCAGCAGUUACUCUCAGGGGAAUUAUCGACAAUCACGUAUCGUAAUUUACAGAGUUCUACAGAUUGGGUUAGUAACAGGUGUUGCUUUGGCUGUCAUCUUGUUCCUUGCCUUUGGGACCUUCUCUGGUUUAUUUAGCACAGAUACUGCCGUUCUGGAAAUUGCCUGCUCUGGUGUUUUGUUUGUUGCUGGAUCUCAGCCAAUGAAUGCCCUUGCAUUUGUUUUUGAUGGACUCUACUACGGUGUAUCAGACUUUGCAUAUGCUGCAUAUUCAAUGGUGUUUGUUGGACUGACCUCUUCAGUAUUCCUAUUGGUGGCUGCUCCUAUGUUUGGCCUUGCUGGAGUCUGGGCAGGGUUGUUUCUUUUCAUGACCCUGCGAGUAGCUGCUGGAUUUUGGAGGCUGGGUUCCCAAGGUGGACCAUGGAAAAUGAUUUGGUUGGAGAUGGAUAGAUCAAAAGAAUGACUGAGAUUGACGUGGUUAAAUUAAAACCAUAUGUUUGCUUACAAUGGUGAACUUCAUUAUUGUUAAGGAGAACUGGUGACCUGCCUCAUGGAUUCAGAACCAAAGAAAACCUAACAAAUCAAGGAACUCUGAGCUUCAACUACCAGUAUUCCUUCUUGUAAAGUUGUUCAUAUUGGCUGAUUGAAUGCGAUGCUGAACUUGCUGCUUUUUGGAUUUCAAAAGAUUGAGUCAGCAAUGACCAAAAUUAACCUUGGAUAAACUAUGGAGGCUGAUUCAUGCUAUUAUCCUAGAAUACAUCUUCACCGGAACUGUACACUCAUGAGCAAUUGCUAGUGUUGUCGGGGCCAAGGUUAUGAAGAUCCCAAGUGCUAUAGAAGGGUUGUGUUUUGGAAACUAAUCUUAUAAUGUCUGAUAGAAUUGGUAUGAAUGGUUUCAGCUGGCUGUUGACUGUUCAUAGAGCUAACCGGUGCUAGCAAGGGUGGAAAUACAAGGCAGAAUCAAUGUCAAUGGCUAGGCAUUAUCAAGUUCAGUUAAUCUUCCGAAGAUGCUUGUAAUUCUGUAAAUUCAUCAAGCUUUAUCAACUUCAGAUUCUGUUGUAAAAUUUUGAUGCGUAUCUAUCAUUACUCUUAUCUCCAGUCUCACCAGAGAUUUUGCCAGAAAGAGUAUGUACAUCCUCAAAAUUGGUCGGGAUCCGUUUCUCUCUACUGUAAAUUUUGAUAUUGUGCAGCAGCUGUCAGUAGAAACAUGUUCUGGUGAUGUACAUUUUGUUCACUCCCAAAUAUGCAAAUGGUACAUCAGCUCUUGUUUUCCA